GAUCAUUUUUUAAUCAUCAUAUAAUGAAGACUAAAAGGCCACUCUAUUGAUUUAAGUUAUUUGACCAAACCCUGAACAACGCUAGAUCCACGGCAGUUUCCACCUUGAAUUGCAUCACAGUGUGUAUACUGUACUGCCUUGACAAGGCACUGCACUGAUAUAACCAACAAGCACAAGGCUAACAAGAGUAAGAGGUCUUGAAGAAGAUAUGUCCGAGAAGGACCCUAAAUCAUCUCAGAACCUGACUGUUGUGGUACAGGCCUUACUGCAGCAUAUGCACGACAAAUUCCAGACUAUGUCAGACCAGAUUAUUGGGAGAAUUGAUGAGAUGAGCACGCGAAUCGAUGACCUGGAAAAGAACAUCUCUGACCUCAUGACUCAGGCAGGUGUGGAGGAGAUUGAGGAGGAGAUCAAAGUCACUGAGACCUCUGGAACAGCUUAAAGUCAAUGGCCAACACCAUCUUAGUAAGUACUGCCAAGGAACACACUGAGGACCUUAAACUGCAGUGACAACAUUUUAAAUGAAAUGUUAAUAAAUCAUUUUAUAUUUAAGUAGAGGAAGAUUUCUCUCAAAAAAAAAAAAAAAUGUAAAUAUUUACUUAACCACACGUUGUUCCAAAUCUGUAUGCUAUUAAUUUUUCUGUGGAAUACAGUGAGGAUAAUGUUUAAAGAAUCUUCACGUAGCUCUUUUCCAUACAAUUUAUUGGACGAUUUAUGGAGGCCAUGUCUGUCAAGCCCCAUAAAGAGAAAAUAAUCACAGUAAAAGCACCAUACUGUAAAUGUUCUCUAUACAACUCAUUUCCUAUAUUCCAAGUCUGCCAUACGAUAAAUUUGUCCAAGGAACAUGCUGAAAUUUAAGUUACUCGCAGGAAAUGUUCCCCCCUGCAGAAUCUCUGAAACUGGAUUUUAUUCAUUUAUUUUGUCCAUUUUCAUUUUGUAUUUGGAGCCGGAUAGACCUGGUCACUAACUGUUGUUUGUGAAUGAGCUCCAUGAAGAUUCUUCAAAAAGUAUCAUUUUUUUGUUCUAAGGAGUAAAUACUGACAGAAUUCUUUUAUAUUUUUGUGAACUAAUCCUUUAAGUAAAAAUGGUGCUUACCUACACUACUGUUCAAAAGUUUGGGGUCACUUGCUUGAAAUGUUUCUCAUGAUCUUAAAAAUCUUUUGAUCUGAAGGCGUAUGCUUAAAUGUUUGAAAUUAGUUUUGUAGACAAAAAUAUAAUUGUGCAACUAUAUUAAUUUAUUUCAUUAUAAAACUAAAAAAAAUUUGUUUUAUUUUUUUUUAAUGGAUGACUUGGACCAAAUAAUUAAGAAAAGUAGCCAUUAAGUGCCCAACAUAGAUGGGAACUCCUUCAAUACUGUUUAAAAAGCAUCCCCGGGUGAUACCUCAAGAAGUUGGUUGAGAAAAUGUCAAGAGUACAUGUCUGCAAAUUCUAGGCAAAGGGUGACUACUUUGAAGAUGCUAAAAUAUAACACAGCUUUGAUUUAUUUUGGAUUUGUUUAGUCACAACAUAAUUCCCAUAGUUCCAUUUAUGUUAUUCCAUAGUUUUAAUGACUUUACUAUUAUUCUAAAAUGUGAAAAACACGGUAGUGUAUGUGGUCUUUGUGUACAGAUUGUAUUACAUAUUGUUAACAUAAUGGACAGAAGACCAAGAUAAUACAAAUAUUUUUUGUAUUUAUUCAUCGUAAUGAGAAUCGUGUGAAACCAUGUGGUUCCUGCAUGUUUUGCUGAUUAUUAAAGCCCUUUCACAAAUGUC